GAAAAUUUGAUUUUGGAAGAUUUCUAUAAAACCAACCACUAAAUAUCCCCCUUGUCCUAGCAUAACUGCUGACCUUGCCAUGGCUUUCGAUGACGGCGAUGAUUCCUCCUUCUUUCAGCGGAAAACCCGCACUGACCUCACCAGCAAGAUCAUGAUCACCGCCAUCAUUUCACUUACCGCCGUCGUUUUCAUUGUCACGCUUCUCCACCUCUACGCGAGAUGCAUCUUAAGACGGCAAGAGCGGCGGCACGCGGCACUCCAACGGCUGCUGAUUGCGGCGGCCGCCUCCCGUGCUGCACCCUCCGGGGAGCCGCCUAAGAUUGGUGGGUUACAACCCUACGUAAUCGCUCAGGAACUCCCGACGACCGUUUUCAAGAAAACAGAGGAAAAUGAAACGGCCGAGGAGUGUUCCGUUUGUUUGACCGUUCUACAAGACGGCGAGACGGUAAGGGAUUUGCCGCAUUGCGGCCAUACUUUCCAUGCAGAGUGUAUAGACAGAUGGUUUUGUACCCAAUCGUCGUGCCCCAUCUGUCGCGCGGAGGCUCUGCCACGUUGCUGCGCGCGUCAAUUGUCCCCAGAGCCGCGGGAGGCCGCCGUCAGAGUCGUCGAUCUGGCAGUCAACAACGGUGUGUUUGGCAACGUGGAGGGAACAUCCGUUGGCGCCGCCAGCGAGCUAGAACCGCGUUCGGCCAAAAUUGUGAGUACUACAGAGGAAUCUAACUCCAGCUUUCGACUGAGUUCGUUCGCGAAAAUUCUGGGUAGAGAGAGAUCGUCUAGAAGGAUCCAAAGUAUCCAAUGUUAUGCCGGAGAAGAUGGUGAGCAAGAUCUGGAGAGACAGUUAUUCCCACCGGCGGUGGAGCGAGGCGGGACGUUGGCCUGAAUUACCACCUAUUAAUUUAUCGGGAGAGUAAUUGGCGGUGGAGCGGGGCGGGAUGUCGUGAGGUGGGUUCAAGGCUAGGUUGCUUAGUUUUUUUUUCAAUUUUUUAGUAUAAUUUUUUGGGUUUUGCCUGGAUAUUACUAAAUUUUAACUCGUUUCAAAAAAUGUCACUUAAAGGAUGUUACUAUCGAUUUUCGUGUCACUUAACAGAUGAACCUACCGGCAAAACAUGUCACUUUGCUCACUGGAAAAACUUUUCCGGUAAUUUUUCCGAUUAAAAUUUAUACAUCCAAACCGCCACCCGUCACAAGCACCACCCCUGUCAGGGUGAAACACCCUACGCCCCAUCUAGAGUGAAGCCCACUGGAAUUAUGACAUCUUGCAAGUUCCGGUAGGUUCCAAGUUGUCUCAAGACACUAAACGAACGAACGAUCACCGGCGUAACCAUCCACCUGUGCGUCGCUCAAAUCAGAUAUAACAACCUAACCCGUUGUCGUGUCCACAGACGCAGAAGCUGCAUCACAGGAAACCUCUCGCCCAGGUUGCAGAAACUACUCGGAUAUGUACCUCAGUGACCAUGCUCUGGUCCAAUACAACUGCGUCACGGCCUCUGCUCCAUUUUCGAGUCGACUACACAUCCCAGUAGAUCCUCCGUUCAAAAAUCAGUGUCCAACAGCCGGCGGAUCGAGGCGAGGCGACGCGACGCGGAGCCAGACGGCGGAGGCGGCGACGCGGAGCCAGACGGAAGGGGCUGGCGCUAUGCUAUCCGUAUCUGUGCGUGAUAGGGGCUGGUCUCCACAUGGAUAUGUGCGGUGCGAAGAAAGGGGCUGGUCUGCAGAUCGAUGCUUGGGCGUGCGAAGAAGUCUCCUUGGGAAGAUGACGGACCGAAGGAAGGAGGAUUAUUUGAGGGUCACAAUUUUGUCCACAAAAAAAAUGGUCAUAUUUUUGCCUAGUUGAAGUUCAUGGCUAAUAUUUUAGUCAUUCUUUCUAAAUUUUUUCAUUUUCAUAUUUAGAUGAAAUGAUUAAAAAUCAAGUACAAUUAAAGAUAGUUUAAGUUUUAGGUAUUUCAAAGUCCUACCAAAAUAAAUUGGAAGUUUGGCUCAUAAAAUCAAACGUCAAUUUAUUUAACGACGGUUAUGUGUUAGCGAGUAUAUCUUGCAGCGUUACUUCUCUCUUUAAUUUAAAAAUAUGUUGGAUACUGUGA